AUCUUCGCCAAAUAUUCACAUUUCCUCACCAAACAAGAAAAAAACAGGAAAAAAAAAAAUUUAAAACGCCUUUUGGGUUUUUGGUUUUUUUUUUUUUUUUGAGAAAAUUAUCAAUUCAACAUGCAAUAUUCCAGCAAGUUAGUUAAACCUGUCUGUGAUGUCUUCAUCAAUCACAGAGGCAUCGACACCAAGAGGACGAUCGCCACGCUGCUGUACGACUACUUUUCACGGCUAAACCUACGACCUUUCUUGGACAACAAGAAUAUGAAACCUGGAGAUAAACUGUUUGACAACAUAGACAGUGCCAUAAGGGGGUGUAAGGUAGGCGUUGCCGUGCUCUCACCACGUUACUGUGAGUCCUACUUCUGCUUACACGAACUGGCCCUUUUUAUGGAGUCCAAGAAAAAGGUAAUUCCAAUCUUCUGUGACAUCAAACCGUCACAACUAAAAGUCUUGAACAAUGGAAUCUGUCCACCAAACGAAAUCCAGAGGUUCAGCCGAGCUCUUGAGGAAGCAAAAUACACCGUAGGCCUUACGUUCGACUCCUCAAAAGGAAACUGGACGGAUGUUGUGACGAGCGCUUCUGAUAUUGUGAUCAAAAGCUUGAUUGAGAUGGACAGGGCAGAACGGAUGCAGCGUCGACUUAAGACUCCAAUGAAUGAGUAUCUGAUUAACAAGACGAGAACAAAAUUUAUUUCUUAAUUCAUGGAAUUUUCCUUCUCUGUUAAUAAGUUUGUGAGGAAAAAAAAACGUUAAUUCUUUUGUUUUUUUAAUCUUUCUCUGUUGAUCAACACACUUAAAAAGUGAUUAAAAUGAAAUAAAGUAACAUCUUCUUAGUAACAUUGCAUAAAGGAGAUGCGGUUCAAUAAAGAAUCUCCGGGAUCAUUGGUUUAAAUGUUUUUUUUUUUUUCUUCUGGAAUUUGUAAUAAAAUUAUUCCAGUAUU